AUGGCCCAGCUGGUCCACAGCUCCCCGCAGAUGGUCAUCCUGCCGGCGUCCUCGACCCCGGGCGGCAAGGACUCCAGGUGGCUCACCCUGGAGGUGUGUCGUGAGUUCCAGCGGAGCAAGUGCUCCCGCUCGGAUACCGAGUGCAAGUUUGCUCACCCGCCCCCGCACGUGGAGAUACAGAACGGCAGGGUCGUCGCAUGUUUUGAUUCUAUAAAG